CCAAACAACCACACACAGAAUCCACCAUCCAGCUUCCACUGCUGGAGGGGGGCCCACAUGCAUUGAAGGGACCAACGUGAACGCGCCUGGUUCUUCUUUCACCGUCGCUCGCACUCGAGCCGUUCCUCCGCGCGCGCUCCCACUCAGAGACAGGCUUCAGAGAGCCCGGAGAGCAGACGAGCGACAGCGGGGGAGAGAGAAAGAUGGAGGUGAGGGUCGGGGAGAGACUCUUGUGCCUGGCUGUGCUGUCCAGCGUCUUCUGCGUGGAUUCAGUCCUGGGGAAAUACGUCAAAGGCAUCGUGAACACCAAAGAGGACUGGGUUUUCCUCACUCGCUUCUGCUUUCUCACCGACUUUGGACGUCUGGACUUCCGGUUCCGCUAUCCAAAGUCUCGUUGCUGUCAGAACAUAUUGCUCUACUUUGAUGACAGUUCUCAGUGGCCAGCUGUGUACAAGAGGCCUGAAAAGAACUGCUACCAGAAGGAAGCGGUGCUGAGGCCUGAGAACAACCAGGUCAUUAACCUCACAACACGCUACACCUGGUCGGGCUGUGUGGUGGAGGGAGACGGGAACGAGGAGGUUCUGAGCUGCGUGGGCGGCCGUAGUUUUCGCUCUGUGAGGGAAAGAUGGUGGUACAUCGCUCUCAGCAAGUGUGGGGGCGAUGGCUUGCGGCUGGAGUAUGAGAUGAAACUGACCAAUGGCCAGUCAUUCUGGACGCAGCAUUUUUCUGCAGAUGAGUUCGGAAUCUUGGAGACAGACAUUACGUUCCUGGUCAUCUUCUCCAUGGUGUUCCUCCUCUCCUGCUACUUUGCCUACAAUCUGAAGGGAAGACAGCUUCUUCACACAACCUACAAAAUGUUUAUGACAGCGGCAGGUGUGGAGGUGCUCAGCCUGUUGUUCCAUUGUGUCUACUGGGGCCUGUAUGCUAGAGAUGGAGUCGGCAACGGCAGCCUGAAAAUACUUGGGAAAUUACUAUUCUCCGUCAGUUUCUUGGUGUUCCUUCUGAUGCUCAUAUUGCUGGGCAAAGGUUUCACUGUCACCAGGGCAAGGAUCAGUCACAGUGGGUCGGUUAAGUUGAGCAUCUACAUGACAGUCUACACAAUCACCUAUGUCAUCCUCUUCAUCUACGAGGCAGAGUUCUUUGACCCAGGUGAAGUGCUAUACGCUUACGACAGCCCUGCAGGCUACGGACUGAUGGGCUUGCAGCUGCUGGCCUACGUGUGGUUCUGCUACGCCGUGCUGGUCUCUCUAAAACACUACCCUGAGAAACAGCCCUUCUACGUCCCUUUCUUCACCACGUACACACUAUGGUUUUUUGCAGUGCCAGUUAUGGCUCUGAUCGCCAACUUUGGGAUUCCACGUUGGGCCCGGGAGAAGAUCGUCAACGGCAUUCAGCUCGGCAUCCACCUCUACGCUCACAUCGUCUUCCUCGUUAUCACACGACCUUCAGCAGCCAAUAAGAACUUCCCAUAUCAUGUUCGGACGUCCCAGAUCGGGAUCCUGCUGUCUAGUCCGAAAGCAGGCGAGGGAGCAGAGAGCUUCCCCCAUCAUGCCUACGGAAAUAGCUCCUUCCUGGGAGACUCUCAACCCAACUUCACUGAACUCUUCUCCAUCCAAUCAGAUCCGGUGAAGACGGUGGAGGAGACGGUGGCCCGUAAAGGACCCGAAGUGCCAAGGAACAGCGAGCAGAAGAUUAUCACCACUGCUGCUGACUUGACGUCGAUAUUGCCCCCACCUCCGCCCCCGAUACCACCACGUCCGGCCGCACGCUCGCCCCCGCAGCCGCCCCGGCUCCCUUCCUUCACCGAGUAUUUCAGCAUGCAGGGCGGAGGAGGAGGGGGGUUCGGAACAAAAGCAUAAGACGGAGAGAAAGACGGAGCAGAGGGCAGCACAGAGGGAGAGAGGGGAAGGCACAGAGGGACAGAAUGACAGUACAAAGUAAAGAGAGUCAGAGUGGAAUCAAGGUGUUACUGUUUAAAGACCAAAGGGACGGGCGUAAGAAGUUUGGAUGGACGAAGUGGAGAAAUCACUAGAAAAGUGAAUCCCUAAACGGUCCCUUUUCACCUGUGAAUGGAAAUAACCCGAAUGGAGGAGUUGAGGGGGAAAUGGCUGUAAGAUAGGAGUGCUGAGCUUGUUAAAGAAUAAAGAAGCAAUAAAUAUUUGAUUCUGACCAGUAAAAGGCACACAGGGAGAAAGAUGACAAAGUGGAUGUAGCCAGAGCAAUAGAAUGAUAGCUGUGCACGAUGCGGAAAUGAACACAAUUCUUGAAAUACUUUUAUUCAAAAAUUCAUGAGGCAUUGAUGGUGUGCCUGGAAGAGUUUGUAAAUAGCUAAAACUGGAGAGAGCUACAAAUCUAUAUAGUUUUAUUUAAAAAAAAAAAAAAGUUUUCAUGCUUUUUCUUUCUCCACAUUAGUAAAUUCCAGUUGGUGCUGUGACCAUCAAAAUAAUCUCAUGCCAUUACAUUUAUCCAAUUCAUUUAAAAAAAACAAAAACUUUUUUUUAUGUUUGACACAUUUUGAUAAAGUAUAGAUAUUUACUCUAUAUGGAGUUUGUUGGGUUAAUUUAUAUUCUUAUAUGCCUUCAUUGCAGCUGGUUAUUCUGGAUUGAUAUGCUGAUGUGUAAAUGUAAAAUGUCACGUUUACUGUGGGCACUUCUAGGUACUCGUAAAACACGCAUGUUUGUAUUGUAUUUCCCGUCCAAAAAGUUGAUAAAUGUACUUCAUGUGACCAUACAAUAUUCGCUUAUUGUGUGUAUUGAAAUCUAUACUUUUGUAAAUACAUACAAUAGGCUUUAGUAUAUUUUUGACUGGAUAAAUUCUGUUAUUUGUUAUUCCAAUCAAAACCCUCUUGCGCUGUCUGAAACACAAUGUCAAACCAAUAUCACACUAUAUUGGUUUUAAUUGAAGAGUGCAGAAUAUACCUGCUCAAAAAUGUCAUUUCUGUGUAUGUAGACGUUGGUGAAUGUACUGAUGCAAUACAGCACAAGGACAGGGGUGAUUUUAAAGUUACUGGAAUAACUAGAACAAUACCUUUUGUCAAACUCUCUUUUCUUUCUUUUUGGCUUCCAGCUCCAACACAUCCAUGAUUUAAGUGCAGGAGGCUGCCUUUUCCCAAAAACAAGUAACUUUAUCCUCACCCCUGUCUAGUACCUGAAACAUGAGUAUUCGUUAGCUUUAUCUCACUUUAAUGUUUAAAGUGUGCGAAAAGCUGAACAAAUAUUAGUGGUUUUGUAUCCCUAAGCUUUGACAUUGAUCGAUGACAAAAAAAAAAAAGAGCGUUGUAGCUGAACUGUGAAAACGGCAACACAACUGUACAUUUUGUCUGUCCUGCAUGGAGCACUUUAAUGUUCCUGGUCUUAGUCUGUUUAUUUGUGAUGAUGUCACCUUAUAAGACUGCUUUGAAACCUGUAUUCACACCACAUCGAGAUGUCAUCUAUUCCAGAUGCAUACACCUGUAAAUACAGUCUGAAAAUGUCGUCGACUGAUCGGACACUUUAGGGAACGUAUCAUGCUUAUUCAGCGUAAUUUAACAUUGAAUUACUGAAAAGUCAUAAUGAUAAGUCAUGUAAGAGUGUCACUGACACUGAGUUCUCCACCAGCUCACUGCAGUUCAGAAACUGAAAACAAUCUUGAGCCUUCAUUGAUUUCUAAAAAUGGUGGUACUCAGCUAAUAGAUUUAUCUAUGGCAGUCCUGCAGUAAUGGAGUACUUUAAGAUGUUAGCACUGUGGUGUGUAACUUGUGAGAGUUUAUCAGAGGUGUAACUUAGUCUGUGAAACAGAACGAUAACUUGAAUUAGAGUACUAGUUAUUUCUGAUUACAUGUCUGGUUUAUAUUAGGCAUGUCUGCCAUUUUGUCUGCUGUUGCCUAUUGUUACGGUUGCCAUGACUUGACUGAAUAGACGCUGGGUAACUCGACUAACAGACAAGCUUACUGACACUGUAUCAAAGCUUCAACCUUGUGUAUACUGACAUACAAUUACAGGACUGAGACACACUCUUAAGGGACAGAACUUAAAGAAAAGAGAUUAUGUAUGCAUGACAGAAAACAGCACAGCUUUUAGGCGACUCAGAGAGAUCUGGUUAAGAGCACAUCACCAGAGCACUGAUCUAAUGCAUUUUAAUGGUGUCAAUUCUAAAUACGCUGUACAUAUACACUUUUUGCCAAAAUAAAAAAAAAGGUUUUAUUAGA